CCUUUCAAUCUUUUUUUUCAAGGUCCAAAGUCUUCUGCUAAGUACCGGCCGUCACACAUGUGAAAAAGUCUAGUCUCUAAGGGCGUAUCAGUUGUGUAGCACUUUGUUAAACUUCACCAUGGCGAAAAAGAUGAUUGUUGAUUGCGAUGCUGGCAUGGACGACGCCAGUGCUUUAUUUUUAGCAACCAAAGCUCACAAAGUCGGAGUAUUGGAGCUUGUUGCCAUAACAACGACGCACGGCAACACUACUCUAAAUAAUGUUGUAAGGAAUGUAGCAAGGACUCUAACAACUGCCAACCUGAAUCAAAUCCCAAUUUAUAGGGGCGCGCACACGUCCCUCGUCGAACCAGUUGUUAUGGAUGACCCGUUUCACGGAAGCGAUGGAUUCGGCGACAGCAAUCACGACGAAGAACCUGACUUGCGAAAUGUCCAGAAAGAACACGCUGUAAACGCCCUUGUUCGUUUGGUCAAGGAAAAUCCAAAUGAAAUGACCGUCGUAGCUUUGGGUCCACUAACGAAUUUAGCAUUAGCAAUGCGUCUGGAUGAUCAGUUUGCUUCUAAUUUGAAGGAACUCUACAUAAUGGGUGGCAACGUCGAGGGAAUUGGUAACAUCACCGUGUCGGCCGAAUUCAAUUUUCAUUGCGAUCCAGAGGCGGCGUACAUCGUCUUACAAAACACAAAAUGCCCGACUUACAUUGCCAGCUGGGAAUUAUGUUUACACAGGGCCAAAUUGGAUUGGGAUUGGAGGAUCAAUACUUACGGUGGAGUUGACAGUCCGCAGUGUCGGCUGAUGAACAAAAUCGAAGCGCAGAUUAUAGCUCGAAAAUAUUUCGACACUUACAUAGUCUGUGACCAGUUGGCCGUGGCCGCUGCCAUCGACCCUCGGUAUGUGACACAGCAAUCGUUGCAUUACGCUACGGUAGAGUUGAGUGGCAACUACACACGCGGACAGAUGGUCGUCGACUAUGGCAAAAAGAUUGUCGGAAAGACGCCCAAUGUCUAUUUGAUCGAUCGUGUCGACAUUGAACUCUUUAAGAAAAUGAUGCUGUGGUCCUUGGACGACCCGUCUGUCGAUUAUACGCCACCAACAGAGUGAACGAUGUGCCCAUGUCUUUAACAUUUAAAGUAUAUACGGAUACACUAUAUAUACUGCUGCAAAUAAAUGGGCAUGAAACGGAA